GUUGUCAUCACUAUCUUUAUUCGCAUCCAUAAGCAGUUGAACGAAAUCAUUGUGUUUGUCACGAGUCUGUUGNAUAAAUUCUGGUCUAAUAGAGGGAUCAAUGGUCCCAAACCUGUUCCCAUAUUUGGCAAUCUUAUCGAUAUGUAUCUCAUUCCUCGACCUCUUCAGGAACUCAAUUGGUUUAAGAAAUACGGAAAAGUCUACGGACAUUACGUGAAGAGUCAGCCCAUUCUGACCAUCUGUGACCCAAAUGUGAUCAAGACCAUUUUGGUGAAAGACUUUCAUCUGUUUACGGACCGCACGCAUCAGAGGACACCCGACCCUAUAAUCAGCAAAAAUAUGGUCGAAAUGACUGGCGAUGACUGGAAAAGAGUGCGAACUAUAGUGAGUCCGACAUUCAGUUCCCGCAAAAUGAAGACAAUGUUUCCCAAAAUCAGAGACUGUUUAACAGAAUUGCUGAACCAUUUGGAGGGCAUCGCGAAGAGCGAGAAGGAAAUGGAUGCGAAGGACAUGUACGGCAACUAUACGAUGGAUGUGAUCGCCAGCUGCGCCUUCGCCACCAAAACUAAUUCAUUCAAAGACCCCAACAGUCCAUUGAUUUUGAACGCAAAAUUGUUUCUCAAUGUAAACCCCUUUUGGCACUACUUUUCACUAUUUGCACCGAAAUUCCUCAUGAAAUGGUUGAUCAGUAAAAGUCCGGUAUUUAAUCUUUUCUACGAUUACAUCCGACACACCCUUUCACAGAGACAACAGACUCGUGACAAACACAAUGAUUUCGUUCAACUGCUUAUGGAUGCGGACAAAGAUAGUGAUGACAACACUAGGGAUGAGAAUGAUGUCAAUGAAUCAUAUCAUGUGAAUGAAGGGGAGGAAGAGUUGGCGACAAAACAGAAGACAUUAAAUAUAAAUACUAUUCACAAGAAGCUGACUGAGGAUGAGAUACUGGCGCAGGCGUUGGUAUUUUUGUUGGUCGGGUACGAGACAACGGCCAGCACUCUGUCAUUCUGUACAUACGAAUUGGCGCUCAAUCCCAGUGUUCAGGACAUACUGUAUGAGGAAAUCAGUUCCGCCAUCGAUUCCGAUGGAGAGAUCAGUUACGAAGAGUUGUCUCGACUGUCGUAUUUGGAUGCCGUCCUGUCGGAGACACUUCGCCUCUACACUCCGUUCCCCAGACUCUCGAGGAUCGCAUCGACUGACUAUAAAUUAGGCAAAACUGGGAUCAAUAUAUCGAAAGGACAACAAAUAGAAAUCCCGGUUUACGCCAUUCACCACUCGGAGGAAUAUUUUGAAAAUCCAUUCAAAUACGACCCUGAUCGAUUCCUGCCACAAAACAGACAUAAGAUCACACCUUAUACUUACUUACCCUUUGGUGCCGGUCCUCGCAAUUGCAUAGGAAUGAGAUUUGCGUUGAUGGAGACAAAGGUAUGUUUGGCUCAUAUCAUCAGAAGAUUUAAAUUCUUCGCCACCGAUAAGACAGACGUUCCCCUCAAAUACAAAAGAUCAUUGAAUUUGACUUCUGCUCAACGGAUUGUCGUCGGCAUUGAAAGCAGAGUU